UUGGCCAAUGAGAACGAGGUGGGCGGGCUCUCACGGCGGAUUUUAGCCAGAAGGGGCGCGGGGCGGCCGCGGAGAGUGCGGAUCUGUACGCAGACAGACCAUGUGGACCCUGGUGGGCUGGGCCACCUUGGUGGCGGGGCUGGUGGCUGGAACACGGUGCCCAGAUGGUCGGGUCUGCCCAGUGGCCUGCUGCCCAGGUCCAGGAGGAGCUGGCUACAGCUGCUGUGACCCAGAAGUGGACACGUGGCCCACAACCCUGAGUGGGCACCUGGGCAGCCCCUGCCAGAGCUCCGAGCACUGCUCCACCGGGCACUCUUGUGUCUUCAACGCCUUGGGGACUUCCAGUUGCUGCCCAUUCUCACAGGCUGAGGUGUGUGGGGAUGGCCGCCACUGCUGUCCCCGAGGCUUCUCCUGCAGCGCCGAUGGAUGGACCUGCAUCCGAAGACCAGGGGACCACCUGCUGGGUGCUGUCCAGUGCCCAGGUGGCGAGUUCCAGUGCCCCGAAUCCUGUACAUGCUGCCGCAUGCCCGACGGCUCCUGGGGGUGCUGCCCCUUGCCUGAGGCAUCCUGCCGUGAGGACAGGGUACACUGCUGUGCCCAUGGGGCCUCCCGUGACCUGGUGCACACCUGCGGCAUCAUGCACGGCACCCAGCCCCUGGCCAGGAAGGUCCCUGCCCAGAGGAUGGAGUGGACAGGUGCCGAGGGGGUAGGCAUCAGGCCAGGGCCCGGCCCGUCCUCCACCCCCGUUCCAGCGGCCCUGCCCAGAUCAGUCGUGUGCCCCGACAAGCGGUCCCAGUGUCCCGACAGUACCACCUGUUGCCAGCUGCCCAGUGGGGAGUACGGCUGCUGCCCAAUGCCCAGCGCCAUCUGCUGCUCCGACCACCUGCACUGCUGCCCCCAGGACACUGUGUGCGACCUGAAGCAGAGCAAGUGCCUGUCCCGGGAGAAGGCCACGGCCCUGCUCCCCAUGCUGCCCUCCUGGACAGUGGGGGACGUGGAGUGUGACCAGGAGGUGAGCUGCCCGGACGGCUACACAUGCUGCCGCCUGCAGUCAGGGGCCUGGGGCUGCUGCCCUUUCACAAAGGCUGUGUGCUGUGAGGACCGCGUGCACUGCUGCCCUGAGGGAUUCACGUGCCACAUGGAGAAGGGGACGUGUGAGCAGGGCGUGCUCCAGGUGCCCUGGGCGUGGAAGACCCCAGCCGGCCCCAGUCCGCCAAAGAGUGGCGAUGUCCCCUGCGGCAUGUUCACCAGCUGCCCCCCAGGCAACACCUGCUGCCGCGUCGCCUCUGGGGGAUGGGGCUGCUGUCCCACCCCGGAGGCUGUCUGCUGCUCCAAGCAUGAGCACUGCUGUCCCCAGGGUUACCUGUGCACAGCCGAGGGGCAGUGUCAGAUGGACAGGCCGGGGGUGGGCAUGGAAAAGACGCCCGCCCACCCGCUGUCCCUGGCCCGCGUGGGCGACCUCGGCUGUGACCAGCACACCAGCUGCCCGGUGGGCCAGACCUGCUGCCCCAGCCUGGGCGGGGGCUGGGCCUGUUGCCAGCUGCCACAUGCCGUGUGCUGUGAGGACCGCCAGCACUGCUGCCCGGCGGGUUACACUUGCAACGUGAAGGCCCGGUCCUGCGAGAAGGGGCUGGACGCUGCCCACCCGGCUGCCCGCCUGGGCCUGCACUCCGCCAGCAGGGUGACCGACGUGGCGUGCGGGGACGGCCGCUUCUGCCGUGACGAGCAGACCUGCUGUCGAGACAGCCAGGGGCGCUGGGCCUGCUGCCCCUUCCGCCAGGGCUUCUGCUGCGUGGACCGGCGCCACUGCUGUCCUUUCGGUUUCCGAUGUGCAGGCCGCGGAACCAAAUGCGUCCGCAGGAAGACAGUGCUGCGAUGGGACAGCCCGGCGUGGGGCCCUGCUCCGAGACUGCUGCUGUGAGGAGCUGGCCCUGGGGCCCGCUUGGGAUGCCCACGCUCAGGCCUUCCUGGGUUCCAUCUCUGACUCCUUCCUGAGUGUCCCCUCGUCAGGGGGGACCUCACUUUGUGGCCCUCCUGUCCGAGGGGGCUGUGGCAGAAGCCGCGUCACAAGCCGCCGUCCCCACCCGUUCCUGUGGCCAGGUGCUGU